UUCUGUAAAUCAGGUUAAGUGAGCGCCGAGGCUUAAACAGGUUCGGCUUAAUCACAGCCAUACAUUACAAGAUUCAAACUUGAAAAUGAAAAUCAUUUAUUUGCUAGAAAACACGGUUACAAAGGUGUUAUAUUAUAGUCAUACAGUACAGCAUGUCUCACCAGUGCACGACGAUAGAAAUAGGGAUGGUGUGCCAUAUGACGUUUUAUGGACAAUACCACGAGAAUCUAAUAAGAGUUGCUUAGAUUUUAGAUUGUGCUAAAACCUACGCAGUGACAAAAACUAUUUGGUAAAUAAGUGGCCGAAAUCACUGACACGACAAGUGUGCUCUAAGCCUUACAUUACAAGCAAUCAUCGUUUGGCAUAUAUAUAUGCAGCCCGUAAGUGCUGAGCGGUAAACUGGCAGAGUUAAUUGAACACAUCAUGCUCUGGCGCGGCAGUGUGCUGGUGAUCGCCGUCUGCUUCUCGUUUGACAUCGUCUCCUCUCAUAAGUUGAGAUGUAAUGUGCGCAUGCGUAUUGAAUCUGGAUGGGUCUGCGGCCUGCGCAGACGAGGAGAAUACAACACCGAGUACGCCAGCUUCAGGGGCAUUCCGUAUGGCCGGCAACCACUGGGGGAGCUGCGGUUUAAGGAGCUCCAGCCAGUGAAGCCGUGGCGUCAUUAUUUAGAUGCCACAAAGGAAGGACCCAUAUGUCCUCAGCAUGACGAGCUUUACGGACGUAUGGUCGCUCCCACAAAGGGUAUGAGUGAAUCGUGCAUCUACGCCAACGUCCAUGUACCCUUGAAAGCUCUUUCAGUCGUGAGAAGUACUGACGAGUACGAAUAUAAGGACUGGGACAGACAUGGGCACAAAAAGGGCAUUCCUAUUUUAGUUUUCAUUCAUGGCGGGGGCUUUCAAUCAGGAUCAGGAGACACUGACGUUCACGGACCAGAGUACCUCGUCAGCAAAGGGAUAAUUGUGAUCACUUUCAAUUAUAGGAUCAACGUGUUUGGCUUUCUUUCGCUGAACACUCCCAAGAUACCUGGCAAUGCGGGUCUCAGAGACCAGGUGACGCUGCUGCGUUGGGUUCAGCGAAAUGCGAGAGCUUUUGGUGGAGACCCGACCGAUGUAACGCUGGCGGGACAGAGCGCUGGGGCAGCCUGCGCCCAUUUACUGUCUCUGUCAAACGCCACUAAGGGACUUUUUAAGAGGGUUAUAAUAAUGAGUGGUACUGCCGUACCGUCGUUUUAUGCAGCUUCACCGAUUUACGCAAAACAGGCUGCUACCAGAUUUUUAACGCUCUUGGGAAUCAACUCUACAGAUCCGGACCUCAUCCAUGACCAACUUGUUAAAACUCCACUCGAAGACAUUUUAAAAGCUAACUCCGAGUACCAAUUUGAGAGCGGACUAGUCUCCUUUGUACCAGUGAGGGAAGAUAAACAAUUAGGACUUGAGAGAAUUGUAGACGAUGAUCCAAUCACACUUAUGGAGCAAGGUCGAGGGAAAGAAUAUCCAAUGAUCGUUGGUUUCACUGACAACGAGUGCGAAUUUUUCAAGAGAAGAUUUUUACACUUUGAUGUUUUGGGUCGGAUAAAAGCUAACCCACUGGUGAUUUUAAGAAGCGAGAUUCCAUUUACGACGCUUCCUAAUGUGACACUCGCAUUGGCCAAUAAAGUGAUUGAUCGGUACUUCCACGGAAAUCUAAAUAUAGAUGACUAUUUAGAAGUAUGCAGAGACACAUUGUUUAUGUAUCCAGCAUUUCAAAUAGUUCAGUGGAGAGCUAGAAUGCACGAUGCAGCACCAGUCUACUUGUACCAGUUCGCUUACGAGGCUGACUUCAACGCGGUGAAAGUAGGUCUCAACUUGCAGUACAACGGCACAGCUCAUGUUGAAGACCUCACUAACAUUUUCCGCGAGAAUGCACUCCUCGAUGACAGGCAGACUUUCCCUCCCGUCAGUAGGGACGACUCCAUGAAGGAUUGGAUGACUCAAUUUGUGGUUGACUUCAUGCAUUGCAAUAAGCCUUCCUGCUCCGAGCCGGGCUGGUAUCCAGUGCAGGCAGAUCACUAUAACUAUGAGAACAUCCAGGAACCGACAGUACAUGACAACGUACUGCCGAACGAGUAUCAACAACACACAAUCAAGUUUUUCGACGUGAUCGAACAAAUUGCAAGGGACUCCUCACUGGACACUUCCACAACGACUACCGGAUAGAUGAUAAAAAUAAUGACAAGUAUCAGGCGAAGCUAUGUACAAUUUGUACAUCUGAUCAAGUUGAAUAAGUUUAAUAAUAUUGAUUGUUAUGUUAUCGGCUUACUCACGUACUGUUUUGACGAGGAACUCGACUAGUUUCAAGCCAUGCUAGAGGCUCAUAUUCAUGAGCAGCAUUCCGCGACACACGACGCGGUGAUUGUCGCGCUGCUACUGGCGAUUCGAGGAUCGCGCCCAUCGCGCCCUCUGUCUGGAAUCGCGCGCACUAUCCGGCGCGCGCGACGAUGUUGGCUCGUUAGACUCGUUCGCCGGCGGCUGCGCAGGUGUUAGAUUCGAUUCUCGGGUCGGCGCAAAAACGGUGUUACAUACCGCGCUCACUGUGUCACACUCCAGACCCGCAACAUUGUAGGUUGACGCAGAUUGUAGACUCGGCUUCCAGGCAGGUGUAAUGCCCAGCCACCGUCUCUGUUGAAGUUGGGACGGCGACUUAUUUCGAUGGCCUCACGUACUUUCCGCGGUACAAAGUAUUUCUCCCUCGCUAGUACGGAGACCUUGUCGUAGACCCUGUUCUUCACACUGCGUAUGUGUUCUUUGAGUCUGGUUGUGAUGUUGCGGCGAGUUUCCCCGAUGUAACUCGAGCCACAGUCGCACGGUAUCAUGUAUACCCCGGGAACUGCCAGUGGAUCCUUGUCCUUAGGCGAGCGUAACAAGUUUCGUAAUUGACCGGGUGGGCGGAAGAUCGUCCUGAUGCUGUAUCUACGGCGUAACAGGUGUCCGAUGUGAGUAAGCCGAUAACAUAAUAAUUAAUUUAGUAUGUCUCACGAAAGUUACAAUAAAAUAAUAUUGAUUGUUUUGGAAGUUUGUUGAUAUUUUUUCACUGUACUUCUCUGCUAACAAGUUUGUAAUUUACCCAUAUUAGCAAAUAAAUGAUUUGGAUUUGAA